AUGGGUAUACAUGAAAAUUGGGAGGAGGUCCGUAGGGGUAGGAACAGGGGAGAAAAGCAAUCUAGAAGGUCAAUCUGGACAACAAGAGGACACAAAGUAUCUAUAGGGGUCGAAGAUAGAGCGACCUCUUUCUUCUUCACUGAGUUUCCAGACGGUUUCGAAGCCAAAGAGAUGUUCGACAUUUUCAAAGAAUAUGGUCGGGUGUUGGAGGUGGUUAUCCCUCCAAAACGCGACAAACGUGGGAAGCGAUACAAAUUUGUUAGAUUAAAAAAUGUGGAUGAUGAGAAACUUAUGGCUAUCAAACUCGACAGUGUCAUGAUAAAAGGGAGAAAGUUAUACACCAAUGUACCUAAAUUCUAA